AUGGAGAGUUACUCCUUAGAGAAUGUUUGCGGGGAGACAUCUCCACCUUCUCGUGAGGAAAAGCAAACCCUCUUCAGAUGGGUGAAUUUAACAGAUUGCUUGGCAUAUGACAGCAGGAUUUCUGUCUUCCAUGAAGUGCCACAAAGUUUUCUCUAUUUCUUCCUGGGCACCACAGAGUUCUUCCUACUGGCAGUGAUGUCCUUUGACAGGUAUGUGGCCAUAUGCAACCCCUUGCGUUAUGUCACCAUCAUGAGCAAAAGAGUCUGUGUCCAGCUAGUUCUUUCUUCAUGGAUCACAGGGUUCCUUCUCAACAUUAUUCCAGGUUUCCUCACAUUUCAGCAGCCAUUCUGUGGUCCCAAUAUCAUUGAUCAUUUCUUCUGUGACAACUUUCCACUCCUGGAACUCAUAUGUGCAGACACAAGUCUGAUUGAGCUUCUGGGUUUUAUCCUGGCCAACAUCAGCCUACUGGGCACUCUGUCCGUGACGGCCACCUGCUAUGGCCACAUCCUCCACACCAUCCUGCACAUCCCCUCAGCCAAGGAGAGGCAGAAAGCCUUCUCAACCUGCUCCUCCCACAUCAUUGUCGUCUCUCUCUUCUAUGGCAGCUGCAUCUUCAUGUAUGUCCGGUCGGGCAAGGGCGGCCAGGGGGAGGACAGGAACAAGGUGGUGGCCUUGCUCAACACCGUGGUGACCCCAGUGCUCAAUCCCUUCAUCUAUACCCUGAGGAACAAACAGGUGAAGCAGGUGUUUAGGGAGCAGGUGAACAAGCUCUUCUAAUAAACCUGUGGAUCCAAGAGGCUGCACAUAAGAUCCCCAGUCAAGCUGAGGGAACAUCAUGACUCUGCAACAAAUGCAGGCUUUCUUAUCCAGGAAAAGCUUGAUGACAUGUUUCCGGGGUGCCAGUCACUGUGCACCUCAGCAUCAACUCGUAAACUCUGUGGCCCCUCAAGGCAUUUUUAGUAAUCAUCAUAUUUGGAUAUUUCUCUUCAUUCCAUCUAUAUGCUUCGCUUCCCAGCAGAAUACAAGCUUUUUGAUGAGAGGGUCUGCAAUUACUGGCUCUGUAAUUCACCAAAAGCCUCAAAAACCAAUUGUUGUGAUAUACCAUAUAAAUACUCAGAAACUGCUUUCAGACUGAUUUUGUGUUUCUGUUUCUCCAACAACCUCAAGGGAGAGGAGAACACUGUUAGCACUGUCCUCAU